AUGAACUUCUGGGUGGCUUGCGAUCUCACAAGCAGCCGCCUUCUGCCCCUCGUAGACGGGCAGCGCAGUGUGGCCGAGUUGUCGCGAAUAGCGCUGGUGGAUGUGAACAUUGCCCGUGUCUGCCUUACCCAGCUGGCUAAUGUCGGCGCCGUGCAUAAAGUUUCUGUUCCUGUUUUUAUGCACCAUGUCUCAGACUUCCAGCUGGAACAGAGUUUCGAGGCUGAGGAGGUAUCAUCGGAUAUCCUCUUUUCAGUACCCGGUUAUAUUGGCAUGCCGCGGCUGAUGGAACUCACCCGAAAUGAAACGCUCAAGAUGGCCUGUCUGGAGUCAGUGGUGAGUCUGUACAUGCGCCUGCUGCUGCUGCUAUAUGAGUAGGCAAAUACAGUUAGCACUUUUCAGCUCAUACCCAGCGUUUAGUUUCAUCUCACUAUAAAUAACUAGGCAUUCUUUUAAACUACGACGAGCUAACGAUUGUUUUCGGGAAGGUCACCAAAUUACGGGAUAACUCAGGACUGGGUAUCGGGCUAUAACGGAUCCCUAUUAAUUUUACUCUUACGACAUUGUAACUGACCUGUGCGAGACCCCCUCACUUCUUGUGGAGUUACGGACAUGGCCUCCGUAUUGCCAGUCACUGUGUCCAUCUCCAGCUCAUCUCUAUUCGACCUUGCUACUGGAACAUGGUGGAUCGGGGGAGAUAAAAAGACCGGCGCGGCGCAGCGCAAGUCUGCUUCGCCAUAAAACACACGCCGCUGCUGCUAGAAGUAGGCUUUGGGAGGUUUUAUUAGAUGAACUUCUUACUGUUGGUCUUGGUGUUUAGAGCAGCCGUUAAUGAGUUAAAUUUGUGAACCGAAAGUACCUAUCGGCAUAAUCUACCAAGAAUUAUCUGCGGAGUGUUAAGUGCUUGAACUUCAUGAGACAUUGGCCGGCGGGCGUAUUUAUAAUCUUAUAUAAGGGAGGUGUCGGUUUGUCACGGAAAUAUGUAUUCCCAAUACCACAAUUGGAUUUGCUCCAAAUUCCAAAGGGCUCUUCUUAGGAGGAGCCGUUCUAACCGACUUGCUCACACGCCGUGCGCAUGCUGAUAUCGCGCGAGCUCCUGACAGGACUGGAGAUCUACCUAACCAGUUAGGUGAGUCGAAAGUCCAGCUGGCGGGCUAACCACUCAAGGACAGCGUCUCGUCCAAUCCCAGUUCGACCUUGGACAUUACCGUAGGUUCCUUUGACCGCCUUGAAUGCACAGUUAGCAUGAGCCAGUACGUUCCUCUUCUUCCGUCUUUGUUGUUGAGUUCCGAUUUGGGCAUUCGAUUCAGGAGAGCCAUUGGACAGGCGACCAUCGGGGCAUGCGGUAAGAACACAACAGUUGGUGUAAGGGUUGGGGCAAGCGUUAAGACACGAGAAUGCGGACUCCCUGGAAUUUAGCGCAAGGUCACCUACAGUACUGGAGGCUUGUCGUAAGUUUGGUGGACAACCUCGCGUUUUUUUCUUGCGUUGUAGUCCCCCGAAUGUCACAGUUUCAGUAGCACAGAGUCUUCAGAUUUUCUAGGGAGGGUCGGAUCCUAUUUCGUAGCCGCACCUGCAGUAGGCAAGCGCCGGUGGUGGCAAGGGUUUUAAAACUAACCGAUAACCAUAAUCCUAACGCCGAACACUAACCCUAACGCUAGCCCCUUACCCCACCCCUAACAGGUGCAGCUACGAAAUAAGAUCUUACCCUAGGGAGACCCAAGGCCAACUAGUUUGAAUAGCAAAAAAAACCUACGGAAAGUUCGCCUCAGAUAACAUUUUCGGACGGCUAUGAUUUUUCGGAAAUCGAUUGUUUGGAAGGUGGGAAGGUCUGCGUGAAAGUACGCAUGGGUUUUUUAAACCUGCCUGGUAUGCAAGCCAAUUGCAUUAGAUGCAUAAGACUGUUUUGACUGCCCGCACAUCUCGUCCAAACUGCGCGAACAUAUGUUGGGAAUUGGUUUUUGAAAGUAUAACUCGUAAACCGUUGAGCCAAGACCAAACGGGUUGCUGUUUGAAAAGUUGCGAGCUACCGAUUUUUCCAGUACAGAGAUUUUGAAGUCUUCAAUCCAUAGCUGUAUGAGAAACGAUAUCCCCUAAAAACCCUAUGUGCAUAUGGAGCAUUCCCAAGAGAAAAAACGUUACGCUGUUUUAAUGACUGCUUUUCACACGUAUAUGUUGAAAAUCCGGAUGUCAUUGCACAUAGAAGGCGGGGUCGUUUUUAUUGUAACUGAUUUGCCAUGAAUCGCCUGUACAUUACUGAAAAGUUGGUGCCUUAUUGUCCUUAAGUUCUCAAGUUUUUGCGUAUUAUGACUAGAGGAGGCAGGGAAGAUACGAGUUACCCUUCAAAAUGGGUCAAGUUUCUUCGCCAGAUACUUCCCGUUCAAAUUUGAUAUUUUAAUACUUUGUGUAGCUUGCAUACAUUGCCCACUCUCCCUUUAACUAACGAUUAAGACAUGUCGAAAUCCGUCCUCGCAUCUAGCUUGAAUAGCGUCUCGACAGCCAAAAGCUUCUAAACUACGGACUAGCAGGAAACAUAGCAAUGCCACGAACACGUGAUCAAGAAACACUUGCGAAAGCAGGUGGUUCCUAUGUUCGCACUCUUUAACUUGACAAUGCGUGUGCUGACAAAAUGACAUGACGAAGUGUCUGCUGAAAAUACUGCACCUUCUGUGAGUUAACGUUAACCUUUAAUGCAAUGUUUGAGGUUGGCGACCUGUCCCUCCAAGUACACCCACUUGUGCCAUAUUUAUCGGUUUUUUCACUUUGAAUAGCAUCUCUUCAUGUGCGUACUCCCGCACACCACAUACUCGACCUUUCUCGUGCCUGUUUUAGCUGAUCCCUCGCCCCUCGGCAGAAAUCUCACCAGACUCUACUGAGACCUGUUCAACACAGUUUAUCUCCGCCAUACUAAGGGUUUACUGCAAACUCUGCGCGUCACCUUACUUCAACCUCCCGCACCUUCUGGCUGCCACCAAGCACUAUGUAGACCUUGUGAUCCCGCCCCCUUCCCCCCGCUAUGACCACCCCAACCUUCGGCAUUCCUACCAGACGCCGAUCCACGACUCACUUGUGAGUAAUUGCUCCUACCUGGGCUCAAAUCCAGCCUUACGCACCAUCCCGAGGGUGGAUCUACUGCGACUGGUACAAUUUGGUGAAGUGAAUGGUCUCAUACGUCGUCUGUACUGUUACCCUAUUAGUGAUCUGUCCCCGGCCACAUCCACCUCCCCCGACCAUCUCUCAUCCGAAACUAGGACGGACUCCACCCCGAAGAACCGGCCGGACAGAGGCAAAACAACCAUAGUGCGUACUCUAAGUAACACGCUUUUGCCUCCGCCGGCACCUCCAUCCUCUCUUUCACGCCAGACAUCGGUGAACUUGGAUCCUGUACUCUACUCUCUACAGACCCGGCUAUGGCCAUUUGCUCGUUCCCACUUGAUGGACGGGGUGUCACCCGUUGAUUCCAUCGUCCUUCAGCUGUCCGGCAAGGCCCUUCGUCGGAUACAGAAGGUGAUGCGACAACAGAUGCAAGACUGGACGCCCUCCCAGUUCUCCACCCUGCCGGAUGCCAUUGUGACCUUCACAGCGCGUCUCCUAGUCGAGAGCGUAAAAUGCCAGCAAAUGACGCCUAUGCUUACCUCGGAGGACAUGAGUGGGAGCCCGCGAUGUCAGCGCAAGGGCGCACAUCUUGCCUCAGCCAUCCAGCAGCAGCAGCCCCUAACAGCCUGCUUCUCCGAUAACAAUCUACCUCCUGAGCUGCGUGAUAACCUGCUGCGACAAACGCGACGAGUCUCGCUAAUCAGCGAUAUUCUUAAGGUGACAAGGGGGAAGCAUCAAGAAGUGGCUGUGGCCGGUGGCGGACGAUUGAACGGCAUCCGCCCAACACAGGAGGAUAUACCCGAAGUUAUAAACAGUCUUGUGCCACAGCUUUAUCUGCUCUGGCAUUAA